AUGGCGCAGAGAGACUCUCCUCAUCUUUCCUCGCAUUCAAACCUUCAGAACGGGUCAGCCCCGUCCUCGCCCUCCAUGUCGAAUGCACAGCAGGCCGGCUCCUACCCGUCACCCUCCCUCUCGAAUCCGAAUCCCAAUUACCAAUAUCCUCCUCCCAACAACCAACAGUCCGAACCAUAUCGCGCAUCGCCAACGGGCAGUAACAUCUCCGGCAGCAAUAUGUCCCUACCUAGUAUGCGAACCCUCGAUCCAGCCCAGGCGCCCAUGAAUCCCGCCAUGAACCAGCCCUACUAUGGGGGUCAAUUGCCACAUCCCUCUCAUUAUGCCAGCGUAACCUCCGACCCUAACCAGAUGCGCUAUGCGCUCCCUGCCACCGAUGCCCGUGUGAUGAGCGGCGGUCGUCAUAAAAAGGAGAUCAAGCGGCGGACCAAGACUGGUUGCCUGACGUGCAGGAAACGUCGCAUCAAGGUCAGUACAUCGCGUUCCAAUUCUGGUGAUUUCUUCGAUUUGAUGGAUUGUGACGAGCAGCAUCCAGCGUGUCGCAACUGUCAAAAAUCCAAGCGGGACUGCCUGGGCUACGAUCCCAUAUUCAAGCAACAACCAGGGCCUCCAAAUAUCCAGCCAGCGCCAAGCUCUGCCCCCUCCCAAGCAGGCUCGGCCGCAACUGCGAACCCGUACGGCAAUCAGUCGCAGAUUCUCGGUGGCUACGGUGCUCCCGUCAGCAUGGCCUACGAUCCCGCCCUCUCUGCCGGAGUCAGUUCUCCUGGCUCGGCAGUGGACAGUAUGCCAACUUUCCGCGAUGAUUUAAAGCGAGCAUUGCAGAGCGCAAGCCCCUUCCCUGUUACAUCCGAUACACCCCACCUUAGAGGUGGCGCGUCCUCCUUCUCCCCUUCAAGCUCGUUCUUUGAAAACACAGCCGCUUACACGACUUUUCCAGCAAAACGCUCCAUCGAACAACUUCUUACCCUCGGUGCCCCUCCCAUUCCUGGUCUGCGCGGCGGUGACUUCUCCCAAGGCUCGCCCCUGCUCGAAGAAGCCAAGCACCUCUACUAUAGUAUUUAUGCCCCUGGUCUCGAAGGUUUCCUCGAAUCCAAAUGGUUCCCUUCUGAGAAUGGUGUGAAGAGGUUGACCACUGAUCGGGCGGUGCUGGAUAAAUUCGGCCUUCUGCUCGCCCACUUCGCCAAGACAAGUCAUACAGCCGAUCCAAAGCAGAUUGCCGUUACCUCCAGUGUUGAGGCUAGACUCGUCUGGGGGCUUGCAACAAUGGUUCAACAAGCUGCUACCGCCGAAGGUGCUGCUAAUGGUAUUAAAAGCGAGACCAAGGGACCAGUCGUUCCACCAACUGAUGAUGCCACCGAAGCUGCCAAUCGCUUGACGGUGUUUGAGAAUCUGUUGACAGGCAGAGUUGCAACCAGUAACAGACUUACAGCCCCCGUCCAGGGAAGCACUGAUCAUCAUCGACUAAGAGAGUUGGAGUUCUGGUACACGCUCGGCAACUUCGUCUGCCUCCGUGAUGAUGACCCAAGUGAGGCUAAGGCUAUUGACGACACUACUGGUGCUCUGAGAAAUCUUCUUGAUGGUAGAGAGAACCGGGAUGUUCUCUACUCCAUUGCCAUUGUCCGUGCUCUUGGUCACCGUGUGUCCGAGUACACUGACAGUGAUGCACCACUUCACUUCGAUGAGUCCGACAACAAGUCGAAGUUAGCCGUUGCCAAAAAAUUUAUCAACGACGAAGGUACAGGUGGAGGAACUACAAACGUCAUUCGACGAUUGUGUGAACUUGCUACCCGCUCCUGGACUGCGGUCCCAACCCCUGCUGCACCUCCAGCAGCUGCACCAGUUCCGGUGACAAAAUCCGAUUAA